AUGAUAGCAUUGUGGUCGGUGGAAAUGUCUGAAUCACUUGGUUUCAAGACUUCGAUUAUCUUCACACGGUCGGGAUCAGUGGGCAAAAACUGUUCGUAUUCAGCACCAGUACAUUUAUUACGUUGUUUAGUUGACGGUAAUUAUGGGAAUUGGUCAUUAAAAGAUAAGUGUAAUGUGAGUUGCGGCGAAGGUUUUGAAACAUGGCAACGAGAUUGUGACAAACCUAAGCCAAAGUUUGGCGGAAAAUAUUGCAGUGAAAUCGGAGAGUCAGUUGAAUACAGAUCCUGUUUGGCUGAACCCUGUCCAGUAAACGGUGGUUAUGGCAACUGGAGUGUUAGAAUUCCUUGCAAUGUUUCGUGCGGUGAAGGAGUGGAGAUAUGGCGACGUAAUUGUGAUAAUCCUAAACCCAAAUACGGAGGCAGUAACUGCAGUGGGCUGGGAAACUCGGCUGAAUUAAGAAAAUGUAAAAGAAAAACUUGUCAAAUUGCUGGUACUUAUGGCAACUGGACAAAGUCUUCCCCGUGCAGUGUCACGUGUGGUCAAGGUGUUGAAAUAUGGACGCGACUAUGUUAUGUUCCGCCAGGAGAGUUUAGUGAGAAUUGUAGUAAGCAGGGAGCAGCUUAUCGGGUUCAAGUAUGUGAGAUGAAACAUUGCUCAGAUGUUUCCAAAAACCGGACCAUUUCUAUCAUCAUUGCUACUGUUUCUUUCGUGAUUGUCAUUGCAGUUGUUUUGUUCAUUCGAAAACAAAAAGCCAAAGAAGACUCUUCACAUUCCGCAACUCCAGAGAACCGCCCUCCAGAGUACGGCAAUCUUACACCUGAUGGAAAUCCGAUUCCACAACAUUCGCGUGGUGUUGUGCUGUGGAGAAGAGAUUAUGUCAACACACAUUCUUCGCAGAGAUCUUGGUAUGACAGACUCCAACUAUUUCCACCAUUGGCGGUUGAAUGGCUUCGAAACGCGUGGGGAAAUGUUGAUGAGUCUGGCAACCAUGUUUAUAACGUCCUGGGACGUCAUGUCAAAAAUGUCUUCGUUCCGUACGACGAUUUGUGCUUAAAAACAAAUACGGUACAAGAGGGAAAUGGGACAGAACUUUACGACACUCCAGAACGACCCUCACCUGUCAUAUUACCUACAGAAAUUGCUAACUGUCCCACAACCGAGAUUGCUUAA